AUGUCAGGUAACCGCAAAGAAGACGGGGGGAUUUUCUUCAAUCCGAGUGAUAAAGAACUCAUAGAACAUUAUCUAGAUCACAAGUUGAAAGGUAUAAAGGGUGCAAACGACAUCAUAGUGGACAAGGACGUUUACGCCAAGGCACCAUGGUUGCUAGACCAUAACAACCAUCCUCUUUUCAUGACGGACGUGUGGUACUACUUCACGACAAGAACUCAAAUCUCCGAGAAGAAGAUCGGUCGUGGUAAGAACUCGAAGCGGAGGAUCACCGGCGGAGACAACGAUGGCUGUGGGAGUUGGAAGCCAAACACGACAGAAGAUAUCAUCGACAAAGAAACAAGGAAGAUCAUUGGGACAAAGAAAACCCUAACUUUUACUAAAAGCAAGAAAACUAAGAAGCAGCAAAAGACAGGAGAGGGUACUUCUUGUGCUAUUGUUCCGGGAAGCGACAGCAGCUGGAUUAUGACAGAGUAUAUGCUUCCCGAGGAAGCUAACAAGUUUCAAGAACUGGUCCUGUGCAAGAUUCACAAGAUUCCCAAGAUAAACAGGUCCAAGAAGAAGGACGAUCGUCAUAGGCCGAGAGAAGAAGGAGACGGGGGGGUUUUCUUCGAUCCGAGUGACAAAGAACUCCUAGAACACUAUCUAAAGCGCAAGUUGAAAGGUAAAAGUAAAACGCAUGAAAAAGACAUCAUAGUGGACAAGGACGUUUACGCCAAGGAACCAUGGUUGCUAGAUCACAACAACAAUCCUCUUUUCAUGACGAACGUGUGGUACUACUUCACGACAAGAACUCAAAUCUCCGAGAAGAAGAUCGGUUGUGGUAAGAACUCGAAGCGGAGGAUCACCGGAGACAAUGAUGGAGGUGGGAGUUGGAAGCCAAACGCGACAGAAAAUAUCAUCGACAAAGAAACAAGGAAGAUUAUCGGGACAAAGAAAACCCUAACUUUUACUAAAAGCAAGAACAAGAAGAAAAAGCAAAAGACAGGAGACGGUACUUCUUGUGCUAUUGUUCCAGGCAGCGACAGCAGCUGGAUUAUGACAGAGUAUAUGCUUCCCGAAGAUAAAAACAAGUUUCAACAACUGGUUCUGUGCAAGAUUCACAUGAUAAACAAGUUCGAGAAUAUGGACGAUCAUCAUGAGCCGAGUGAAGAAGGAAACAUGGCUCAUCAAGUUGAUGCACACGCAACGACCGGGACGGUUCCAGAGAGACCAUUAGAGAAGGAUGCACAAGCUGGAGCCACAAGCAAGUUUACAGAGGAUUGGUUUUUUUAUGUGAUGAAACAACCAACAAUAGAAGAUUGGAUGUUGGCUUGA